CAGGACUCCCAAGUCGUCAUCCAGCCUCCCGCUGUCGUGGUCACCCUGCCGGGACCCAUCCUCAGCUCCUUCCCCCAGAACACCGCCGUCGGAUCCUCCUCAUCAGCUGCCGUGGGCAGCGCCCUCAGCGCCCAGGGAGUGGCCAUCUCCUCCGGCGGCUUCGGAUACGGAGGCCUGGGCUGCUACAAUGGCUGGAGAGCCCGCUACCCCUGCUAAGGGCCUGCGCCCACACACCGACACCAACCACCUGCACCCUGCAAGGAGCCUCACGCACUCAGGAGGCACCACUGGGUCACUGAUGGUACAACAGCUAAUUGCCAUGACUCCUCUUUUCACGGCACAAAGCAAACAAGCAGGGAACAGCGUCAGACAUCAUACUGUCUGAGAACAUGAGUGCAGAAACAUCCUUCUGUCUUUGCUUCUUAAAUUGUCCUCUUUCCACCUGGUGAUCACCAAGUGGAUCCUUCCUUUUAGUGUGUUUUCCUCAAUAAAGUUCUCAUGCAUGCCAGCCUCCGAUUCCUCCUCUUACUUUCUUGGCCCAAUAUUCUUACCACUUCUCCCACUACAAAGGCAUGGCUCUGGAAACCAUCAUGCGAGAUCGAAAACGGCCCCAAGACAUCCUCUUUCAACCAUGUCACCAUCAAGAGCAUGGUGGCUAGCAGAAGGCCUUCAGCACAUCACGUGGCAUCAACACUAGCCCAAAGGAAGACAUAAAGUACUCUUCCUCACCAGCAAGC